AUGUCACGAAAAAAUUUACGACGAUCAGGUGGUGCACAAAUUGAAGAAACAGCAGGACCUCAAGGAAUGGAAACAGCCGAUAGCCUUUGUUCUCAAAGACAAAUAUCCGAUGUAUGUGAAGCAGCCGGUCUUUCUGAUCAAGGUGUAGGUAAAGGAAGUGUUAAUGACAUUGGAUCUGUUCAACAACAAGGUGGCGAAGGUAUUGCUGAAGAAGCAACAGGUGCAGGUGAUGAACAAAACGAAGGACAAUUAUCAUCGUCAUCAUCAAAUCCAUCAGUAGCAAGUGUAGCUAAAGCUAUUCCAACCAACGAGGCAGAUAUGUUGUGUACAACAAUUGAGAAUGUUUCACAUGUACGAUUUGAAUGGACUGUAGAAGAUUUUUAUCCACAAAUGUAUGAAUGUGGUGAUAUGAUUCAAAGUGAAGAAUUUCCACCAUAUGACUUGCAAAAGGAAUUCUGGACACUACGUCUCUAUCCAAAAGGUCAUCAACGUUUAUCAAAGGAACAACAAAAUCAACCAUCAACAGGUGGUGCUUCAACAACUGAUGAUGAUUCAACAACACAAUUCUAUUUAUCAUUGUGUCCAUCUCAUGUUGCAUCUCAACACCCAUCGAAUGCUUCUACAGGUACAGCAAAUGGACAAGGAUCAAAUAAUCCAAAUCAUAUUGCAUCGUCAUUGAUGAAUACAUCGUCACGUCAACUUCAAGUUUACUUUCGGGCUCUAAUCAAUUUUUCCAACCCACAAGGUCGUAUAUUUCAUACUGAAACUGUUCAUGAUUGCGGUGGUAAUAUAACUGACGAACUAGUUAUUAUGAAAAUGUCACGAGCUCUGUGUGAACAACUAUACAAAGAUUCCAAAGAUCAUUUAAUAAUAAGCAUUGAAUUAAUGUCUAUUGAUGACAUAGCUAAGCGUAGUAUGAAGACAAGCACAUCGAAAAUGGUUGAAGGUUCCUCACGUGUUGUAUCAAAAGUGAUGAAAAUGAAAUUACGGUGGAAAAUUGAAAAAUUCUCAACUUUGGUUAAUGAAUCGCCAAAUAAUAGUUUUAUUGAGUCGUGUGAAUUUACAUUUAAUAAACAACGACCAGGUAAUGUAACAAACAUUCAGACAGCUGCACCAGAACAAACUGGUGAUGAUGAUGAACAAAUGACAAAUGGUGCUAAUACAAAUGAAAAUAAAGCAGCAGCAACGACGACGACAACAACAACAACACCGCAAAAUGAUAUUCCACCUCAUCAAUGGUCUCUUAUACUUUAUCCAAGUGGUAAAACUGAACGUUUCAAAGAAUCAUUAUCAGUCUUUUUGGAACAUACGUUUGGUCCAAGUGUUCGUGUCGUUAUUCGUUUUUCACUUAUUGAUGCACGUGGGCGUCGUGUCAAUACUAAACAAUUACCAUCGCAUGUGUUAGCACCGGGCGAACGUUGGGGUGUUGGUGAUUUUAUUAAACAUUCAACAUUAUUACAAGCUCAGCAACAAUUAUUUCCAGGUAAUGAACUUCGUUUAUAUUGUCAAAUUAAGAUUCUUGAACGACAAUCGAUUGAUGAACGAAAAUAUAUUUCACGACCAUUGGUUGCAUUGCCACGUACAAGUUUAAAUAAACCAAGCGCAACCGCAUCGAUUAGUGAAGAUCCAGCAACAUAUUGGCCAACAUUAUUCUAUACAGCUUAUUUAGAAAAACGUAUGUGUGAUAUGUACUUACGAUGUGGAAAUGAAUUAUAUAGCGUUCACAAACUUAUUCUUGGUCUUCGUUCCAAUGUACUUGCACGAAUGAUAAAAGAAAAAGAAACUGCAACAGUUCAUCCAACAGCUGUUAGUCCACCGGCUAAACCAACUCGUCAUGGUAAACGUGCAACUGCUUCCACAGCUAACACGACUAGCGAAAGUAUGGAAACAGAAACACAAGGAGCUACUGGUGCUGAAGAUUCAUCACUUCUUACAAUCGAUAUUAAUGAUAUUGAUCGGAAAACAAUUCUCUUCUUUCUUGAAUAUGUGUAUACGGGUGGUAUUAAAAAAUUGGGUGUACCAGGUGCUGGUAUCUCGCACACACUUGUCAUCGAUUUAUUAACAAUUGCGGCUAAUUAUGAAAUGCCUGAUUUGAAAACUUAUGCUGAAUAUUAUCUUAAAGAUAUUAUUCGUGUUGAUAAUGCUUGUGAAUUGCUCAUGUUAAGUGAUAAUAUGAAAUCGGAAAUGUUGAAACAAACAACAUGUGAUUAUAUUGCAAAUAAUUUAGGCAAUGUUAUGGAAACAACAGGUUGGACUGAACUCAAGGCAAAACAACCGGAUUUAAUUGAUACAAUUCUUAAAUCAUGUUUACUUUUACGUAAAUAA